ACUUCGCGUGGGUGGUGGCAACUGUAAUUUUAUUGAAAACUGUGGCAACUGAAAUUAUAAAUUUUAUAUUACCUCUCGUUAAAGAAAAGAGGAAAAAGGACAAGAACUGCAUGGAGAGCGUGCAUCUCCUUUGGUAUUAAACUAACUAAUCAGUGAUAGAGCAUAUGUCUACUUAAAGCACUUGUAUAUCUCAACUCAAACAUCCCAAAACACUCCGACUUGCAAUUAUCUAACUCAGUACGUGGACAGAGAAUGGAGAAAGUAAUUAGAUACGACCUGGAGGUACCAACCUCAGCUGAUUCUAUCUGGGCAGUUUAUGGCUCUCCCGAUAUUCCUCGACUUCUUAGAGACGUUCUACUUCCUGAUGUCUUCGAGAAAUUGGAUGUCAUUGAAGGGGAUGGUGGUGUUGGUACUGUUCUUCAAGUUGUUUUCCAUCCAGGUGCGGUGCCUCGUAGUUACAAAGAGAGAUUUGAGACGGUGGACCACGAGAAGCGACUAAUGGAAGUGAGUAUUAUUGAAGGAGGAUACUUAGACAUGGGAUGCACAUUUUACCUAAAUAGGAUUCAUGUACUAGAAAAAACCUCUAAAUCAUGUGUUAUUAAAUCGUCUAUUGUCUACCGAGUGGAAGAAGAGUGUGCUGAUGUGAUGUCUAAGUUGAUCACAACCAUACAGUUGGAGUCGAUGGCGGAAGUCGUCUCUAAUUAUGUUCUUAAGAAACAAUCUGCUUCUCACACAAACAUUCCUAAGAAGCAGUCUCUAGUGCGGAAAGAAAUUACGUAUGAGAUGGAGGUGCCAACCUCAGCAGAUUCCGUUUGGCACGUUUAUAGUUCUCCUGACAUCCCUAGACUACUUAGAGAUGUUCUGCUUCCUGGUGUUUUCGAAAAGCUGCAUGUCAUUGAAGGCAAUGGUGGUGUUGGUACUGUGCUGGACAUUGCUUUCCCUCUAGGUGCAGUGCUGCGAAGUUACAAGGAGAAAUUCGUGAACAUCAACCAGGAGAAGAGACUAAAAGAAGUAGUUAUGAUUGAAGGGGGAUACUUAGACAUCGGGUGUACAUUUUACAUGUACAGGAUCCAUGUCCUAGAGAAAACCCCAAGUUCCUGUGUUAUUGAAUCCUCCAUCGUUUAUGAAGUGAAGGAAGGGUAUGCUGAUAAAAUGUCUAAGCUAAUCACAACUAUACCAUUGAAGUCUCUGGCAGAAGCCAUAUCUAGUUAUGUUCUUAAGAAGAAACAAUUCCAAGUAUUCGGAUUAGAGGUUACACCAAAACUAAAAUUUUGUCUAUUGCUAUUUUUAGUUGUCUGUUUUGCUGUAGUUGGUGGUAUGUUAAUCGGAGGUGUUCCACUCUAAGCUCAAAGGAAUGUAAUUUAUCAAUUAAGGAACAUGCAUUGAUACUGUCCUGCGCAAGGAAUAGAUUUGAGCCUAAAAAACAUGCACUAAUACUGUUCCGCGUGUAUUGACAGAGUGUAUGUGAAGUGUAAUGUCAUGAGAGUGAAGCAAGUUAGUAUUCUGUUAUUUGAGUAAAGGGAAAACAAAUUUUUAGCUCAA